AUGGAGGGACAUCGCUGUCUGGCGUAUAUGAAUAGCUCAGAGGUCGUCAGGGCCAAACCGCCCCCAUCUCUCAAGCCAAGUAGCUUUAGCCCCUUCAGACAGCUUUUCGACAUUGACUUGGACCAGCGCUCGAAGCAAUCUCGCAAGAUGCCUCGCCCCACGCCGGACCGCGUUUUCCAUGAUUGCACAUUCGUCACCCUUCCCCUGACCAUGGUCUUCGUCCUCCUCAUCUUCACCGUCCUCGCCCUAGUCUACAGCAUCGGUGUCAAGACGCCCAUUCCCGAGGACCUGGCCAUCGCCUUCGCCGGCAUCGUCUGCGGCCUCUUUGGGCUCUGGAUGAUUGGUCACCUCGGGACAUUACACGCGGGGAGGCAUCGCUGA